AGAAAAUGUUCAACCUCCGUGUAUCCCAGUCACUCUAAAUAUUGGCGGUGUAAUCCGUAUAUAUAGGAUUCUCCAAACCACACAACCAAUUGAUUGCGGUAUCGACCGAACUAUAAAAAUUUCCUCAGGACCUAAACGGGGUAUUAACAGAGAUCCCACUCUGAAACUUGUCACGUGCGUGCUUGGAUUACAGUCCUCAAACAAAAUAAUUUCCGUAGGGAACUUCAGUGAAAAAGGUAAUACGCGGCAAUCCGUGAGCCAACUACCAAAAUAAAUUUCUUGGAUAUUUUCCCCAAACAUUAAAGAGCGAUCCGUAUUUCAAGGUUGUAAAUGUGAGUCAAUAUUUGCAUUUUAAAAGAAUUUGGAAGUUGGAUCGUGCAUAUUUUCAUGAUCUUGGUUAAAACGAAGUGAAAGGUUCUUUCUAUAGUAAUCACAUAUCUGUGUAUGAGGAACAGACCCCAAAUGGCACACAAAGCUACGAUCGAUGGAAUACUUUACCGCGCUGUAUUUAUUUCAGGGCGUGCAUUAUCUUUUGACAGUUUUCGAUGAACAGGUUGAGUAACUAGUAUCACAAUGUGGACAUUAUAAUCCAACAUACUGACUGAGUCUUUGAUAUCAAAAUGGAUUCCCCUAGUUUACACACAACCGAGUCCUCACAAGCUCAGACAACUUCCAAACUUUGGCACACUAAUACACAGGGAGUGAAUGAGGGACUCAGACAGGCCAAUCUGAUUGCGCCGUAUUCGAGUGGUCAAUCCGGAAGUGACACCGAUGAAACAACAUAUCAGUCCUUGUCAGACUUUUGGAACGACCUGAUAUGUUCCGGUUUGAACGAUACUGAUUCGGAGUACAUAAGCAUGUGUGUAAAUAAUAGUGCCAAUUCCUCGUCAACAAUGUCAUAUUUGAACAGUAGCUUUCUGUAUGACAAUGAUACCUCCAAACCCUUGUUGGAGGGGGAGUAUCGAUACUGGAUUCUCUCCUUGAUUUUGUUUCCUCUUCUAACAGUUUUUGGUAAUGUCCUCGUGGUGAUGAGUGUUUACAGAGAACGGAGUCUCAGGACUGUCACUAACUACUUCAUAUGUUCACUGGCUGUUGCAGACCUUAUGGUUGCCCUUAUGGUGAUGCCAUUAGCUAUCUACCUGGAGGUUACACAGGUGUGGUUACUCAGCGACAUCUUAUGUGAUGCCUGGGUAGCCUCUGACGUCAUGGCCUCCACUGCCUCCAUUUUGAACCUCACAGCAAUUAGUGUAGAUAGAUUUAUUGCUGUUACUCAGCCCAUAAAGUAUUCUAAACACAAGAAUUCUAAACGUGUGUUUGUGACUCUAGCUUUGACUUGGAUCAUAUCUCUGGCGAUCGCAGCCCCCAUUGCUCUAGGAGUCAACUACUCCGCCCACAGGAAAGAGGGAAUGUGUGCUUUUUUCAACUCAGAUUUUCUUAUUUACUCUUCAAUGGGAUCGUUUUACAUUCCUUCCAUUAUCAUGAUAUGCCUGUACUGGAGAAUAUACCGUGUGCUGCAUUUACGGGCUCAACAUGCCAUUAAGUCCAAAAAAGCCAAAAAUUUAAAACUCAAAAACGAAGCAAAUGUGAUAGAAAAUUCAGCAACUGUGAACGCAGGUCGCGCAGAGCCAUCUGCUACAACACAGUUAAAUGUUGCUAUAGACAACGGUAAAAUAUCAACAUAUAAUACUAAUAAAUGUUCGAAUCAGUUAUCCAUGCAAAUAAACGAGGAACCCUCUGUAAACGUAAAUUCCGAUUCUAGUGACAGGUAUAAUGAAGACGGAAGUGUUCUAAAGAGCCCCGGAAGUGACGAUGGAGAGGACGAUGGAGUCGUUGGUGCGUUAAUAGUUAAUCCAGUUGCAGUACGCCAUGUUGAAAUUCAACUUGACGGGAACGGAAAUGGAACAUGCGUGGCUGAAACGCAAACAGACAGUGAGACCAAAUUUAGUGAAAUUAACGAAGUUAAAUCAAGAGUUAAACUUGUUAAUGAUGAAGCAUGCACAUUAAAUUCAAAAGCUCGCAAAUCAAAUCCCCAGAGACGAAAAGAUAAACGUGGAGUGGCCAAAUUUAAUUUCCACAUGCGCAGUAGCCGGAAACGGAAAGAAAAAUCUUCCAAUCGUAAAGAACGCAAAGCAACCAAAACGCUUGCAAUAGUCUUAGGAGUGUUCUUAUUCUGUUGGGUGCCAUUUUUUACCUUAAACAUCAUCAACGCCAUUUGUUUGCGAUAUGACGCAAUAACUACGAACUCGGUGUGUCAAUUUGACCUCAUGCUCUUCAGCCUCUUCACGUGGUUAGGAUACAUCAACAGCUUUCUCAACCCGGUUAUUUAUACAAUUUUCAACCCAGAGUUCCGAAAGGCGUUUAAAAGGAUUCUUACUGAAGGAUGUCGAUGCUGACAUUCUGCGGGAUUAAGCGUGAGUUCAUAGUAUUACAAGACGACAAUAGAUGCCAGUUUAAGACAGCGGUUAAUUUGUGUUCACUGAACUCUUUAUCAGUUAUACUACUUUGCCUUUUAUAAUUUAAUACUCUUAUUAUUUAUUCAUUAUAAUGCAUCGUUAUCCUUAACAUCUCCUCUACUUUGUCCUUGUUAUAUUAAACUAACAAUUAUUAUUUAGGAUUUUGUUCACUGUAUUACAAUUAUAUUACCAUAAAUGCACAUAUUUAUCGUUACAGCGCGCAUGCCUAGCUUGAAGUAGAGAACCAAUGGAAUUCAUGUCCAGUUCAUAUCAUUUCAGUUGUGCAAUGAUUUUAUAUUGUCUAAUUAUAAGCCGAUGCUUGGCUUAUUGUUAUGUACAAAUGUAUGUAUACACAUUUGACAUGUGAAUUAAAUUA